AUGGCUCAGCUUUUAAAGUUCAAAUUAAUAGAAAAUCAAAGAGCAAAGGAAGAUCCUGAAUUUUCUUCAUUCUUGCUUGCUCUUGGAAAUGAUGAGGACCCUGAAUCAGAAGUAAUUAAAGCUGUUUUUCCAGAAUUUAGUACAGAGUUCUUUCCAAAUAUUGUUCAAUGUGUUAUUGCAGUUGGACAAUAUAAGGGGAAUCAUGUAUUUAUACCUCGGAUUAAUUUGCACCCUUCUGCUUCAGCAAAAUAUCCAUUUCAAUUUGAGAGGAAACAAUUUCCAUUGAAGCUCAGCUUUGCAAUGACAAUAAAUAAAUCUCAAGGGAAAACUUUAAAUCGAGUGUCUGUGUAUCUUCCUUGUCCUUGUUUCUCACAUGGACAAUUAUAUGUUUCUCUUUCACGUUAUAAAAAACAAAAAGAUGUUACGGUUUUUGCAGCUCGACCUCCUGCAGAAUUUGCUCCAACAUGUACUAAAAAUAUAGUUUGUUAUGAAGUGUUAAGACUAGCUAGAAUUAUUAACCCAGCUGAAGUUUUAUGA